UUUCUAGAACUCUCCAGUCUGAACUUGAUCAACUAGUUUCAAUAGAAGUUAACUUUUUUUCUGGAUUUCAUCUUCUGUGCAUCAUGUCCGAUCAUGUGGAAAACACUGAGUGGGUAGUAAUACACUGCAGUGAUGAUGAUUCACAUGUACUCGUCAAAAUAGAAGAUGUGAUCUACGUGGGGGAGCUCAAUUGUGAUGACAAAGUGAAAUUCUAUUACUUGAAUGAAAAUAAUAAAAGAAAGCAGUACGAAGGCUUUGUCAGAGGCAUUUCAUAUGACUACAGAAAGAUGGUAAAGCUGCAAGAUCAACUUAACUUAUCGACUAGACCCAAGAGGGAACUUUCAUUUCAUGAGGAACUACCAAGACGGGCAAAGGUUGCUUGCAAUAACACUAUAAUCAAGAAAGAAAAGAUGGAAGGCAAUAAGAACAAUGCUUCUCAAUUGAAAUCUGAGCAGCCAAGUAAGCGGAAGCGAGUGGACUUAUCCAACUCUUCAUCUGGCAGCAAGGCCAAGAGUGUUACAGCCAAGACGCCUUCUAGCAGCUCUACUGACUUAAAGAACUCUGAUGAUGACGAUGCUUCAGUUUCCAGUUUGUCCUCAGGCGAACAAUCAGUGUUGAUUAAAUUAUCUCAGAAACAGAAGAGGGCAGAGGAACGCAAAUUGUCACAGCUCUCAGCUUAUGCUAGGUCUUCUAAAGGGGCCAUUGAGAUUCAAGGAAUGAAGCAAGCCUUAGGAGAGAGUAGCAAAUCAACACAGAAGGUUGAGACAUCCUCUGAGCCUACAGAUGACAAUGAUUCAGACUCUUCGGGAAAAGUAGAGAUUCCCCCCAAAACAGUUAAGAAAACUGACGGCAAUGAUUCUGACUCUUCGGUAGAAGUUCAGAUUAAGAAAAAAGUUAAGAAAAUUGAUGGCAAUGAUUCUGACUCUUCAGUAGAAGUGGAGAUUCCAAAGAAACAAGUUGGCGCGAACAAGAAAAAUGUAGGGCAAACUGAUAAGCCCCUGGGGGCCCAAACCUCAUCGGUUUCAGUGGAAGUGAAGCAAGUGGCUGUCAAGGCCAAGCGUCAGCAGAAAGAAGUAAGGAAGAUUAUCUUUAGUGGAGAGACGCUGGCUUACAGUGUUUCUAAAGAGAAUGCUCGAUUGGUUGAUUCAUACGAUGUCUAUAUCCCAGAGAAAGAUUUGAAACGGAUAAGAAGCACUUGUGGGUCCAGCUCAGUCCUAACAAGGCGUCUUACAAGGAAGAUAUUCACUACCGAAGCGAGGGAGAACUGCAGUGUGAGUGGCAAACCAUCUAUGACCAAGGGGCAAACCAUGCCCGAAGUUCGAACUGCUCUUGACCAAGAUGGUGUCAACGCUAUCAUUGAGUUUGUGAGAAACAGGGCUGAGAAAAAGAAAUGGCCCACUCCAUCUGACGUGUCCAUAAAACAGUGGAUGGCUAAUGUUUUAUGUGAAGAGAGAAAGUCAAGACAGCUGGAACAGGAAGCUCAAGAAGAGGAGGAGAGAGCGAAGAAGAAGGCAGCAGAAGAGAAGAAGGCAGCAGAAGAGAAGAAGGCAGCAGAAGAGAAGAAGGCAGCACAGACUGAAACAACUGAUGUUGGUGAUCAAAACCAACGUGAAGCAUAAUGUGAUUAUUUGGGCUUUGUUCCAAGUGUGUAUUGUUCUCUUGAUUGUGUUCUAAGUCAAGUUAGUUCAACUGAAGUAUUAUUAAGGAUUUGCAUUGCCAAAAUGUUGGAUUUUAUUUAAGUUUCUAUUGAUCUCUGUGUUCCAAGUCAAGUUUGUUCAACUUGACUAUUAUUUAGUAUUACCAUUGCCAAAGUUCUGCUCAAGUCAGAAUAAUUUUGAGGGACAUACUGAGUUUGUUCAUUCGUUUUAUGUUUUUUGAUGUUUCAUUUUAUAUUUUUGGAAUAUUUAGUAUUAUUAUUGCCAAAGUUCUG